GUGGAUAUGAGACAGGAUUAUCUACUGAUGGGAUUACCCACUCCCUUCCUCCAUAAAAGGGGGAGCAGAGGAGAAAGCCACUGCAGUUUUCAGCAAGCUGUGUGCCUGUCAGGAGUGAACCAGCAACACAGCUCAGCAGCCAUGGGGGAGCCUGGAUCAAUCAUGAAGACAAACCAGCCUUCUCUGGGAAAGCUCCAGAGAAACAUGAUGCCCCAGACUUUAGCGAAGAAGAGACAACUGGUUUUAACCAUGAGCAAGCGGAGACGUCGGGAAAGGUCUGAACUUCCUAUGAGGCUGACCAGCUGCAUUUUUAAAAGUGCAGUCACCAAAGGUUACUGCCAUCCUGACAAUGUGGUCAGGCGCAGGCAACAGGAGGAGACCUUGGAGAAGCCCCAGCAGAUGAGUGCCUACAGGAGACUGCAGGGGCUCCAGGCCUGCAGCAGUGAAGGGGAACUUGUAAACACUUUGGAGGUGACAAAUGUGAUGAGAACAACUGCACCAGGAAGGGGGCGUGAAACUCUGGGCUGUGCUUGUCCUGGGUCUUUACACACCAGCCCCCAGCCCAGCCCAGCACAACUGUUACAUGGGGUAGAGAUGAUCCCAGGAGCAGGUCUCUAUGGCCCACAGCUUCUGUGCAGGCAACUGGUCACCCGUGGAGACAUCCAGAGACAGAAUCUCAGAGUGAGGAAAGCAAGAGAGAGACUGGCUGCGGCUUUGAGGGAAGACAGGCUGGCCAGGGAGGCAGAGAGCCAGGAGUCAAGAAGAACAUUUUGAUUUCAUACAAAUCUGA